AUGAGAGCAAACCCUCAGGCGAAAAUGCUUGUGAGAAUGGAUAAGGGAAAGAGCUCGGAGGCCGGAACGAGCAGAAGUGAGUUAUCAACGAUUGACUAUGAGGUCUUCUUGAGUUUCAGAGGGCCGGAUACUCGCCAAGGAUUCACGGAUUGCCUUUACCACGAAAUGCAAGAAGCUAACAUCCGUGUUUUCUUCGAUGAGGAAGAGCUCCACGUCGGUAAAGAAAUAGCUGAUGAACUACCGAUGGCUAUCAAAAAGUCGAAGAUCUAUGUACCAAUCUUCUCCAAAGGUUAUGUUUCGAGUCCCUGGUGCCUUCGCGAGCUUGAACACAUGGUGGAGUGCACGAAUACCAAACCGUCUGAGAAGGAAAUCAUGCCGAUUUUCUACAACGUGAAACCUUGCGAUGUUAAGCUUAUGUCUCAACUGUACGUCCGCGAUUUGAAGAAGCAUGAAAAGAAGUUUGGUCGCCAGACGAGGCAAAAGUGGGAGGAUGCCCUCAAAAGUGUAGCUAAAAUCAAAGGAUGGGAAUUGAAAAGCCAAGGGCACUGGAAAUUCAUUAAAUCAGUGAUACGAGAGAUUGUGAUGAAAUUGAAGACAAAAGACAAAUAUGUCACGGAGCAUAUGGUCGGAAUGGAUGAUCAAGUGGAAGCUGUUCUGAAGUUAUUAGACGUGCACUCCAAGGACAUGCACGUUGUUCUAAUUCAUGGAAUGGGAGGAAUCGGUAAAACAACUCUCGCUAAGGUUAUGUUCAACAAACUAAAUCCCCUCUUCAGUCAUUGUUGUUUUUUGGGAAAUAUCCGGGAAUCAUCAUCGCUCAGCUUUGGCCUCAUAACUUUACAAAAACAAUUAUUAUCUGACAUGUUUGGUUCGGGCUUUCCCAACAUAAUCAACGAUGUUGAUGAUGGGAUCAAGGUGAUUGCGCAGCGACUUUCUAACAAGAAAGUUUUCAUCGUUCUAGAUGACGUGGAUGAUGAGGAACAACUCAAGAAACUAGCCAUCAAGCAUGUUUCACUCAACUCAGGGAGUAAAAUUAUUAUUACAACAAGGAAAAGAAGCGUCUUAAAAGCCAACCAAACAUUCGAGUACGAAGUGAAGUCGUUAGAUUCUGGUGAGUCGCUUGAGCUUUUCAGUAGACAUGCUUUCGGAAGAAAUUUUCCUUCGAAUGAUUAUGUCAAUCUUUCGAGACAAGUAGUUUCUACAACCGGAGGACUUCCACUGGCUCUUGAAGUCGUUGGCUCAUUACUUCAUUGCCAAAACAAAGCCUCAUGGAUAGAUGUGUUGGACAAUCUAAGGAAAAUACCUCAUGAGAAGGUCUUGGACAGGCUGAAGAUCAGCUAUGAUGCCCGAGUCAUGAGCAAAAACAGAUCUUCCUCGACAUCGCAUGUCUCUUUGUGGACAAAGACCAAACGAAUGCAUUCUACAUGUGGAAAGAUUGUAGGUUUUUUCCAGAUUAUUCAAUUCAAGUCCUUGUUCGCAUGUCCUUGA